AUGUCCACAACCAACAACCCCGCCCCAACAAUCGCCCACAUCCUCUCCCACAUCGACGCCAACCCAGACAAGAUCCUCACCAAAGACCAACAAACCUCCUUCCUCAAAUCCCUCACAAAAACGUACUUCUGCCCCUACCACAGCUCCACCUUCGGCCACACCUUCCACAACGAGACGUCCCUCCGCAAAGCCCUCACGAGCAUCAUGGCGAGCUCCAUCCGGCCCGGCGUGGACGUCCGACCUGGCAAGACUGCGGUGGAUGAGUUGUUUGAGAGGGGCAGUGAGAUGCUCGAUGAGGAGUAUGUGGAGGGUGUGCGGGAUGCUGCGCACGGGAAGGUGUUGGUGAGGAGGCUUGUGGAAGAGAGUGAGGAUACGUGUAGUGAUGAGGAGCAUCAGGAUGAUUGGGCGGAGAGGGUUUGGGAGGAGCCGAGCAGUGGGAGUGAUGAGGAUUGGGAGCCGGGGACGAAGAGGACGAGAGGAGCGAGGAAGAGGAGGAAUCAGCUUCAGGGGAAAGUUCAGUCUUUUUCGUCUCCACCGCCUGCGCCGAGGAAGAGAAGUAGGCUGCUUGUGAGGCGUCGCGAUUCGAUGGAGGAGUCUGAGUCGCCCCUUGUCCGCAAGCGUCCGCAUACGGGCGUGCAGAGAUGUGCGUCGACUGUCCAUUCGGACUCGGGAGACGCGGACUGCGAUGGCGAGACAGACGAUGAUGCGCCCUGCAACAAACGAGUCAAGGUGUGGAGAAAGUCGGUUCAUGACAGUCAUCGCGCAGAGGCCAUGCUGCGGAAACUGUCGACGCUGUGGGAGCAAGAUAAGUUGCCUGUCGCGAAACCUUUGGUCGGACCAGGCCACCAGAGAAAGAUAUCGAACCUCAGAAUUGAUGCAGCAUCGCCAUCAGAUCUUUCAACCCAGAUCGCCGGACUCAAUGAGCUGAUCAAGUCGACCGUGGAGGCGUACUUAACCGACUUUCCACCAUCUGUUUCAGCCGAUCUGGUGACCAGAGCGACCCCAGAGCUUGAGUCUUUGUACAUUCAGAUCUUUGGAUCGGCGGACUGGAAGUCAACUGCAGCAUAUCUGCAAUCAACAGACUGUCUCCGGGCAGUCGACCUCCUAAGAAGUCUCAUCUCGGCCUUUCUCUUCGACAGGAUCUUCACCAAGCAUGGAGACUUGCCGUGGUUGAGUGGAGAAGCCGUCCUCAUGUGCAGGGUAUUCAGAGAGAAUAUCACGAGCCUUUCAUCUGCCAAUGACAGAGACGACGCCAUCGGCACCGCUGCGGCGCACAGUUUCGACGAUGCACGGCUCAAGAACGAAGUGCUGAGACCACAGGCCAGGAAGCUCGCCAGUGAGUGUCUACUCGUUCUCAAUGGCCAUUUGAACAUGCUGGGACGACCAAGAAGCGAGUUUGGUGAAGGUCUGGAGCGAAUCUGCGCGCAGGGCCUUCGGAUUCAGAGUCGAUUGGUCUUGAACACGGAAGACCUGGCUUGGAUUUGGCAUGCAUCUGCCUCUUCGUUCGAUGGAGAGACGAUGCAAGAUGAGGGAUGCAAGAGAAACGGUAUCGAGAUCGCCCUGACGCUGUUUCCUGGUGUUGAGUGGCAAGAUGGAAAGAACGGGGGAUCGGUGCCGGCGGUCGUGAGUUUGUCGUGA